ACACUAGGAAAAAUAAUACCGUGGAACUCGGAUAAACUACAAUGAACUGCGGUAAACUGUCAAGCAAGUUUGAAUGAUUGAGUGCUGAAAACAUUAUUGAAAAAAUAAACGUUGUUAUAUUUAUUAAUUGUUUCAAGGCUGAUUAAUAGCAUUUGGAAAAAAUGGCCAAGCAUCAUCCAGAUUUAAUAUUUUGUCGUAAACAGCCGGGAGUUGCUAUUGGUCGGCUUUGCGAAAAAUGUGAUGGAAAAUGCGUCAUUUGCGAUUCUUAUGUGAGACCUUGCACAUUAGUUAGAAUAUGCGACGAGUGCAAUUAUGGUUCUUAUCAGGGACGUUGUGUGAUAUGCGGAGGUCCUGGUGUAUCGGACGCAUAUUACUGUAAAGAAUGUACAAUACAAGAAAAAGAUAGAGAUGGCUGUCCUAAAAUAGUUAACUUGGGAAGUUCCAAGACAGAUCUCUUCUAUGAGAGAAAGAAAUAUGGCUUCAAAAGAAGAUAAUCACAUGACAAUUAAAACACUAUUUAUAAAGUUUUUGCUAAAUACAAUCUUGUCAACUAAUUUUUACAAAAACAUUACUGUAGCAAUUCCAUUUUGUAUUAUAUAUCAUAAGUACUGAUUUCAUAGUAAAUUUUACUCUCUCCAAACAAUGCAUUGUAAACUUUAACAAUUAAAGACAAAUAUUCUGACAAAAAUA